AUGAGGGUUAUCGCAGCCGCUUACCUGCUGGCAGCGUCGGUUGCAGCGAUCUCACUACAACAUCCAUUUCUACAGGAAUCUGAAAAGACUACUCAUAUUAGGGACCUUAAGAUCGGUCAGUUGAAUUUCUUACAUACCACAGAUACACACGGUUGGUUGGGUUCGCACCUAUUACAACCAGACUACGAUGCAGAUUGGGGUGAUUUCGUGAGUUUCGUUAGCAGUUUCAAGAAAAACCGUUUGAAUAAGGAUCAGGAUUUACUACUCAUCGAUACAGGGGAUAAACAUGACGGAAAUGGGUUGACCGAUGCCACUAAUCCAAAUGGUGUCGAAGCAGCUCAAAUUUUCAACGAGCAGGAUUACGAUUUGAUGACUCUGGGCAAUCAUGAACUCUACAUGCCGGAGAAUAGUAUUUUGGAGUACAAUACCGCCACAUCGCACAAAUUUAAGAACAAAUACGUGUCGAGCAAUGUCGAAUUCAUCAAUGAUGAUGGUCAUACGGUUCCUUUCGGCAACAAGUAUUUGUAUUUCGAAACUAAGAACUCAAAAACCAGGGUUUUAGCAUUUUCAUUUAUGUUCAACUUCCGAAGGUUCAACAAUAGGACAAAUGUUGUUCCACCCAUGGAAGAGGUCUCUAAAGACUGGUUUUACGAAGCCACUGAAAAGUAUGAUGAGGAUAAGGUUGAUCUCGUGUUGAUCUUUGGACAUAUGCCCGUAACAGAUAUGGAAAAUCGUGAGAUGUACGAACUACAUUGCUUUAUGAGAAACAUUUAUCCCAAUACUGUGAUCCAAUACUUUGGGGGACAUUCUCACAUAAGGGAUUUUUCUGUAUUUGAUGAAAGAGCUACCGGAUUACAAAGCGGGAGGUUUGCUGAAACUGUGGGGUUCCUUUCUAUCGACAAUGUCACUAGCGAAACUCCCUCAUUCUUCAGACGAUACAUUGAUUUCAACAAGAGAUCGUUCAAGCACCACAUUGGGAAAAACUCAGCAGAACUCAAGUCUUCUAAGGGCCGCAAGGUGUCUGACGAGUUAAGAAGUCUUCGGAAGAGACUCAAGUUGGAUGAAGUGAUUGGGUAUGUUCCAAAGACGUACUUUAUGUCUGAAAGAUCCUUGGACUCUGAGGAAAACUUGUACAAUCUAAUCAUACACAACGUUUUGCCUAGACUACAUUCAAAAAUCACAGAUACCACAAUUGGGCGCUACAUCAUGAUCAAUACUGGUGCAGUGAGAUACGAUCUUUAUAAAGGUCCCUUCACAAUUGACAGUGAGUACAUUGUUUUGCCUUUCAUGAACGAGUGGUAUUACAUGGAAUUGCCGAAUCGCAUUGCGUCGAAGAUUGCACACUAUUUGAAUAAGGGUCCCGCCAUUGCAUCAUUAGCACCGCCAAAUGUUGCUUCGUUUUCCAGAAGUACAGGAACUUGCCCAUUCAUCGAUCAACCGGGCCUUACUGAAGGGUAUACCACAGUUGAUGAUGGGGGUUGUAAAGGUGACGAUACAAAGCAUAAUUCACAAUUUGAUUACCUCACUCCUAAUGUUGUACAGCAUGUUAAGCUAGUUUCCGAGGGACCUACUGAUACCGUCCACUUCGUCUUUUAUAGUUUCCUUCAACCCAGCAUUCUCGAGGCAGUGAAUGCCAUUGUACGUGAUGAAGGUGGACAAGCAAGCUACGAUAAAUCAUCAUGUAAGGUUUACGGUGGUAAUUCCACCAAAGUACUACUUCGAGAAUAUAUAUCAGAGAUAAGCAAAUAA